CCUCCGGGUGCCGGAGGCUGAAGCCGGCAAACAUGGCCGCCACCUCCUAUUGUAGCCGGGCUGUGGCUCCCCUGGCAGGGUUGCUGCUCUUGUCCUUCGGCAGCUUGGCCACUAGUCAGAUCGAGGAACAAGCAGAGCAGUUCUUUAGAAGUGGCCACACAAACAACUGGGCUGUUUUGGUGUGUACAUCCCGAUUCUGGUUUAAUUAUCGACAUGUUGCAAAUACACUUUCUGUUUAUAGAAGUGUGAAGAGGCUAGGCAUUCCUGACAGCCACAUUGUUCUGAUGCUUGCAGAUGAUAUGGCCUGCAACCCUAGGAAUCCCAAGCCAGCUACAGUAUUUAGUCACAAGAAUAUGGAACUAAAUGUAUAUGGAGAUGAUGUGGAAGUAGAUUAUAGAAGUUAUGAGGUAACUGUGGAGAAUUUUUUACGGGUAUUAACUGGGAGGAUCCCACCUAGUACUCCUCGGUCAAAACGUCUUCUUUCUGAUGAUAGGAGCAAUAUUCUUAUUUAUAUGACAGGACAUGGUGGCAAUGGUUUCUUGAAAUUUCAAGAUUCUGAAGAAAUUACCAACAUAGAACUUGCAGAUGCUUUUGAACAAAUGUGGCAGAAAAGACGCUACAAUGAGCUACUGUUUAUUAUUGAUACUUGUCAAGGAGCAUCCAUGUAUGAGCGAUUUUAUUCUCCUAACAUAAUGGCUUUAGCUAGCAGCCAAGUGGGGGAAGAUUCACUCUCGCAUCAACCAGAUCCUGCAAUUGGAGUUCACCUUAUGGAUAGAUACACAUUUUAUGUCUUAGAAUUUUUGGAAGAAAUUAAUCCAGCUAGCCAAACUAAUAUGAAUGACCUUUUUCAGGUAUGUCCGAAAAGUCUAUGUGUGUCUACUCCUGGACAUCGCACUGAUCUUUUUCAGAGGGAUCCUAAAAAUGUCCUGAUAACCGAUUUCUUUGGAAGUGUACGGAAAGUGGAAAUUACAACAGAGACUAUUAGUUUGCAAACAGAUUUAGGAAUCCUGGAAAGCAGAGAUAAGGAAGACUGGAUGGAUGAGGAACUAAUAGAACCCCUGAAAUAUGCUGAACAACUUCCAGUAGCUCAGAUAAUACACCAGAAACCAAAGCUGAAAGAUUGGCAUCCUCCUGGGGGGUUUAUUCUGGGAUUGUGGGCACUCAUCAUCAUGGUUUUCUUCAAAACUUACGGAAUCAAGCACAUGAAGUUCAUUUUCUAGGCGCGAUGAUGCAUAAAGAGGACUGCAUGGAAGACUACAAUCUUGGAUAAAAGUUUAUGCCAUAUCUUUUUAAAAAUUCAUUGCGCUUGUGUGAAUUGGCAAAAAAAUAUAAGGAAACUAAAUUUGGUGCACUAUUGUUUUUUAACUUAAAGAAAAAUAAUUGUAAAUGCAAGUGUUAAAUGCCGCUAAAUAUAUUUUCAUGUUUUUCUUUGGUGUGUUAUUAAAAAAAUGGGACAAAGAGGUCAGAAUAUACUUAUUGACUCAUUUUGAAAAAGAAAGAAUUUCCCGUUAGCUCCUUUUCAUUUGGAAAAGAAAAAAGAGGACAUUAAAUUCUCACCAGCAGAGCUAAUUUCUGAUCGUAGUUUUGGGUAUGUUCUCCCAGUCUUUUUUCUAUGUACUUAUUUUUGCGGGUCUAAAAUAGAGAUUGUAUAGAACCAUUUUGUAAUCUCACUUUUCAUUUCACAAUAUGUUAUCAACCAUUUGCCUCUCCUUGGAAAUUCUGCAAGAACACAUUGGGAAUGGCUGCAGAGCACCCAUUUUAUGAAUGUACUGUAAUUUAUUUAACAGUGUUCUAUUGUUGGACCUCUUACCUUGUUCCCAAAAUUGUCCUUUGGUUCAUUCUUUAAUGUGUGAAUAUUUUACUGUCAGUCACUAAUGGAAUUCUGUAGCUUUAAUUUUAAUUAAAUAUGAAAAAUUAGUUUCUUAAUCUAUGGUACUGACAGUCUUCAGGACCUUAUUUGCUGUCAGUUUAUCUGGAAAACUUAAGACCUUUGGGAAUUUCUGCCAAAGGUCAUAUUGACUGCUCAAGAGAAACAACCAUGUUAUACUUCUAAGCAUUCAUUCAUUCUGUGAUCAUCUAGAAUUGACCACUUUAGCUUCAGUUUCCCUAUUGAAAGAGCGGUUGUUUCAUUCUGUUUAAGGUAAACCUUGCCCACUGGCCGGAUCCAUAGUUUUCCUGCGACAGUCCCAUAAAGUGAAUGGACUGUAUGGAGGAUUUACCCUUAUAGCCCUGCCUUUACAUCUGACUGGCUUAUCACAUAAGGCAGUAAGUAAAUAGCCCCUUUUCUGGUCUCUGACAAGAUCCAAGAGUCCAUUAUCUCCAUCAUUUACCUGCCAGCUUCAUACCUUCUAAUAACUGGAAAUAGUAUUCAGAAUAUGCUUUGCUGUCAGCCCCAGAUACUGUUUCUUCACAGAUAAGGGGAGAAAACCCUGAAAGUUGCAUAUUUAUGUCCCAUGGAAUACCUAUUUGGAUUAAAUGUUUGUUUUUUAAUUUUUUUAUUGAUUAAGUUAUUACAAAUGUGUCCUAAUCCCCACAUUACUCCCUAUCCUCCCCACUCAUGCCCUCACCCUCCUGGUGUCUGUGUCCAUUGGUUAGGCCUAUAUGCUUGCAUGUAAGUCCUUUGGUUGAUCUCUCCUCCUUACCCCCACCCUCCCCUACCUUCCCUCUGAGGUUUGACGGUCUGAUCAAUGCUUCUCUGUCUCUGGAUCUGUUUUUGUUCAUCAGUUUAUGUUGUUCAUUAUAUUCUACAAAUGAGUGAGAUCAUGUGAUUAUAUGUUUUAUCCAAGAACUUAUGUGUCAAUCAUUAUUCAUUGCAAGGUCUGUUGUAUAUGGUAGGUAACAUUAAAAAGACAACUCUUUCUCCACAAUAAGCCCCAUCCUUAGGUUUUGUUUUCCUUUUAGCACUCAGUUAUUACCCUCUAAUGAUAUGCAAAGUGGUCAUACUUUUCACAAGCAGAGGAUUAACUGUGUUCUCUCCCAGGUUAGAACAAGUGAUAUUGAAGCUUCCUUCCAGCUCUGGAUCUUCAUUUUAAUUGGUCUUUGGUGUACUAGAAAGAUGAAGAAGGGAAAAUUAUACCUGAUUAUGUGGAUCCUUCUGUACGUAGGAGGGGGUGGGGAUGGGGGGAGACCUAAACUCUAAUAGCCAAUUAUAGUAGUGCUAAUAGACAAAGAAGUGACCAUUUCACCCUUUGCACACCCCAGGUCAUGACCUGGUGGGGUGGGGCUACUUAGAGGAAAUGUGACUGUUCUUGAAUCAGAGUAAUUCAGUUUGAAUGUAAUGAAUCAAGCCCUGAUGGCAAAGACUGCUGGGAAGUAAAGGGAUUCCUCUUCAGAGGUUGUGCUAGCUGCCCUUCUUAGUUAAAACCAAACUGGGACAAGAAGUGUUGGAUGUAAUGCACAGGAUUCAUUUUGCCCAGGCGGAGUUGCAAAGGGCAGGUGUAGCUCUUUCUGUUUCAUUAUUGAAUUUUCAGAAUAUAGUUAAAGUUAAAAUAUGUUAAGUAUUUGGCUCGUAACCAUGAUCUUUUUGCAUAAAGUAUACUCUGCUUUCAAUAAUAGGUACCUUCUCUGCAUAUGGUAAGUGGGUAAUAUUGUAAGUGCAAUUAAAUGGCCCAGACUCUAAAUGCUAACAUAAAAGUACACCCUUAAAUAUAUUCUAUUGGAGUCACGAAGAGCUAAACAACCAAAACGUGUUUUCUUUUUGUCUCUCUGUUGUGAGGAUCAGAUGAGAUAAUGUUAUGACUAAUCACUUUGGAAACUAAUUAUAUGGUGGUGUUAUUUGUCUCAUUUUUGCUUAGGAAGUUGCUAAGGGGGAAGGUAACGGUACCGGUGCCCUCUUUUCUGUUGUACUUAUUUACCUUUCUAAGCUACUCAAUGUGAUUCUUGUCUCUUUGGUGUUUUUACCCUCCCCUACGGUGUCCUUCAGGGAGGAAAGGGAUGUAGAGAAAUGCAUUCCGGCAGGCACGUGGUGACCUUUGGGGGGAGAGGCGGGGAAUAUUGAUGCUGUUCUGCAAAGGCAGCCUGUGUGAGUAAAGGAAACCAAAUGAUGCAGAUUCGCAAAUUAUGAAAGUCAUCCAUUUGCAGUUUGUGAAAGGUAAAUGUAGUUUGGAUGCAAAGCUGAUUAAAUUGGAUCAAGAAAAAUUCGAAUUAAGUACAUAAAAUAAUGCACACAUUUAUGGUUUCAGUUUUUAUAUAUCCUCGCUAGAAAACGAUGGUUCCCACAACAAGUAUAACUCAGCUUGUUUCUGCUUACUGCGUGUUUUUUACAGUGGUGUAUGUGGGUAACAUUUCUUCCAUUAUGUAUGUUGUAUAGCACAGUCACAGUUACUGUGAGAAUCGUAAUUUGAAUUUUUGACUCAUGUGUUUCUGGAAUCUUUACAACAAAUGUUGCAUUAACAUACAACUUUUUUCAUUGAUUUUACCAAAAUUAAAUCCAUCUGUAACAGAUACUGUUUUAACUUGUGAAAGAAAUAUUUUAUAAACAUCCCACAAGGUAUGGCUAUAAUGAGAUCGGUGUGCAAUUCUUCUGCAUGGAAUCAGCCUCAUUACUUCAUUGUCAUGUCUCCUACCUGAGGGCAUUUAUCACAGAGGCAGUGUCUUCAGUACCUCAUUGCUGCUGCCUGCCCUGCCUGCAUGUGUAUCUGCUGCAUAAAUAGAGUCUUUAAGUUCAUGGACAGUACAUCUUGGUCACCAGUCUCUUUGUCUCUUUUUUUUUUUUCUUUCAGUGCAAAAUUUUCACUCUUUUGGAAAUGUGCUUUGAAAUAUUUGGGUUAAUUUAACUGUGUAUACUUUUUAAUAAUGGGAUCGAUAAUCGAUGAAGGUGUGACUAAGAAACCAAUCAUUAAAAAUUCAGUUACCUCGAA